UUUAUCACCCCCCACCCAAACCCAGAGCAGGGAAGGUCAGAAAACAGCUGCUGUAACUCGCAUUUGGUCUCAGAUCAACCGCCACCGGAGCGAUGGCCGAGGUGUCGAUGUGCAACAGCAACGGCGCCGCAGAGCUCUCGCCGGAGGAAGAGAGGGUUCUGAUUCGCGAUAUUGCGCUCGCCGCCGGAGCCAACAGCAAAGAAGGGGACGAAUUCUUUUUAAUUACCCAGAGAUGGUGGCAGCAUUGGAUAGAAUAUGUCAAUCUAGACCAACAAAAUAGUACCAAUGAAGGAUCCUCAGUGUUGAAUAAUCAUUCCGACUCCGUGAGUUCUUCAAAGCGGCCUGCUGGUAUUGACAAUUCUGAUCUAAUAUACGAUUCAGCAUCUCAUGAUGACAACAUCAGUGUUGAGAUCCAUGAUAGUUUAUUGGAAGGACGUGAUUAUGUACUGCUUCCACAGGAUGUGUGGAAUCAGCUACAUUCCUGGUAUGGAGGUGGUCCACCAUUGGCACGCAAAGUGAUCAGUUCAGGCCUCUCUCAGACAGAAUUAGCUGUAGAAGUGUAUCCUCUCCGCCUUCAGCUGUUGGUUAUGCCCAAAGGCGAUCGAUCAACCAUAAGAAUAAGCAAGAAGGAAACUAUAGGUGAGCUUCAUAGAAGAUCUUUUGAGAUUUUCAAUCUUAACGCAGAACAAGUAUGCAUAUGGGAUUACUACGGCCAUCAGAAGCAUGCUUUGAUGAAUGACAUGGAUAAAACACUCGAUGAUGCUAACAUACAAAUGGAUCAAGAUGAAAUUCAUCUGCUAAGGGUUUGAGUCUCUAGGAUAUCAGGUUUUGAGGUGUAUCGAGUUCUUUUCUAACUCAUGAGAGAACUGCUAACCUGCAUUGUUAAAUAAUUCUCGUGGAGGUUCUUAGCAAUGUCAAUGGUACUGCAUUAAGUGGUCAUAUGUGUUCUGUUAACAACAAUGGAUCUGCCAAGAAGGAAGCUACUUCUAUUCUUUUAGAGCCUUCUAAGUCGACCUUAUCAAUUGCAGGAGGUUUCCCUGCAAGCAAAGGUGCGUCUAGAAGCUGCAGCUCAGAGAUUUCGCAAGCUCGGAACAUGACAUUAACGUAUAGGGAGUUGGAUAAUGCAUAUGGGAUCAGCUGUGUUAGUACAAGAGGUUCUUAUGGUGGCCUUACCGGGUUGCAGAACCUAGGCAAUACAUGUUUUAUGAAUAGUGCAAUACAGUGCCUUGUUCAUACACCUGAAUUCGCUAAAUAUUUCCGGGAAGAUUAUCAUCGAGAGAUAAAUUGGCAAAAUCCCUUUGGCAUGGUGGGUGAGCUGGCCUUAGCAUUUGGUGAUUUGUUGCGGAAGCUCUGGGCACCAGGGCGAGCACCAAUAGCUCCUCGCCCAUUCAAAGCAAAGCUUGCUCGCUUCGCUCCUCAAUUUAGUGGUUAUAGUCAGCACGAUUCUCAGGAACUUUUAGCUUUUCUCUUAGAUGGUCUCCAUGAAGAUCUGAAUCGCGUUAAACAGAAACCGUAUAUAAAGUCCAGAGAUGCAGAUGGGCGCCCAGAUGAGGAAGUUGCUGACGAGUACUGGGCAAAUCAUAUUGCUCGGAACAAUUCUAUAAUUGUUGAUGUUUGCCAGGGCCAAUACAAGUCAACUCUGGUUUGCCCAAUAUGCAACAAAGUAUCUGUGACGUUCGAUCCCUUCAUGUACCUCUCCUUGCCUCUCCAAUCCGCAACCACCCGUUCUAUGACUCUCACCAUCCUCACUUCUGACUCGACUACCUCGCCAUUUCCCUGCACUGUGUCCGUGCCAAAGCACGGAUGGUGCCGCGAUUUGAUCCAAGCAGUUAGCAUCGCUUGUUCCUUGAAGACCCACGAAGAACUUAAACUUGCUGAGGUGCGUAAUCAUCAGUUUCAUAGAUUCCUAGAUGAUCCUUGUUUGCCUUUAUCCUCAAUCAAAGACGAUGACCGCAUAGCUGCGUAUAAGAUCUCAAAGUCUUCAAAGAAUUCACUUCUGCUUAGGUUGAUUCACCGCUGCAGACCCCAGGAAACGGGAAGUAAUGGAUUAUCGUCUCAGUGGAAUGCUUUCGGAGUUCCUCUCAUUGCAUCCAUUCCGUAUGAAGAUUCUAUUACCAGAGGAGAUAUACAGAGAGAAGUGCAAAAGAUUCUUCUACCAUGGUUUGGAGGGGAUAACUUGAUACAGGACACUGAUGGUGAUAUUUGUGCCGAUUAUGUGACAGACUCACCAAAAACCAAUGGUUGUCCUUCAAAGACAUUGUCAUUGAAAUUUUCUCUACAAAUGGCCGAUAAGAGUAACGAGUUGAUUGAUCUCUCGGCCAAAGAAGGGAAAUCCAUCAGAGUUGCCACAUCAUCAGCUCCAGCAGUGGUAUAUGUUGAUUGGUCUCGAGAUCUCAUCGAGAAAUGCAGUGCCAAGUACUUUGAGAACUUGCCGGAAGUAUUCAGGUAUGGACCUGUGAGUAAGAAAGCUCGUACAGAACCCCUCUCUUUGUACACGUGUCUAGAAGCUUUCCUGCGUGAAGAGCCUUUGGUUCCUGAAGACAUGUGGUAUUGUCCACAGUGCAAAGAACGGAGACAAGCAAGCAAGAAGCUUGAUUUGUGGAGGCUUCCAGAGGUGCUGGUGAUCCAUUUGAAGAGAUUCUCAUACAGCAGGUCUAUGAAACACAAACUGGAAACCUUUGUCAACUUCCCAAUAAGGGACUUUGAUCUGACAAACUAUGUAGGCAACAAGAAUAGCACCCAACGUCAGCUCUACGAACUGUAUGCGCUGACCAACCAUUAUGGCGGCAUGGGAAGUGGGCACUACACGGCGCACAUCAAGCUCCUGGAAGAAAACAAAUGGUACAACUUCGACGACAGCCAUAUCUCACUCAUAAACGAGGAUGAUGUGAAAUCAGCUGCUGCGUAUGUACUGUUCUACCGAAGGGCGAGGAGUAAUGACAAUGUCCUCACCAGCAACGGGGCACUCCCUAUCCCUAUUGAGCCCAAAAGUGAGCCUUUUCAGACGUGAGGGAAUGCAAACACAGCGUGUAGUGGAUUGCAGUUUGAAGAAGACAUCUAAAAAGCCAUAAAAUGUUCUCUUUCAGCAACCGAAAACGAGUUUGCUCAAAACAUUUCCUGCAUGAGCGAUCUCUCUCACACCCACACCCACAACAGGGGAGCAUUCAUUAGAGAUGUAAUUGGUAGAGCUUAGUGUAGUAGAAAAUAGGAUUUACUCCAGACUAGAUGUUUAGGAUGCAUCAGUAGCUGGGUUAUAAGCUGUACUCUUUUUAACUUGCAAUUCCUUGCACUAUCAAAUGCUUUAUCAUAUUUUCUACAUUCUACUGCUGCUCUGAUGUCACAGUCUUUCGCGCUUGCCUGUCAGAGCUUCAUUUGACAGCCAAAGGGUGUAUUUUCAGGCCAAAAUGAGCAGAAUUGCAGAAAACACCAACGCUCCAGUGCGAUUUAUGAUUCUUUGAUCAGCUUAUUUUCUCAAAGGG